GCCCAAUAUAACGACCAACUUAAAGACACGCCAUUAACAGAUCAAAGAUCACACAGAAGAAGAAAAUAAAAGUAGUUUUUUUUCCUCUCUCUCUCAACACAACAAAUGGCUGAGCUUGAGAAUCCAGGAGUAAUGCCGAAGCUAAUAGCCUUCUUAUCCUCAUUACUAGAACGAGUUGCCGAGUCCAACGAUCUGACACGACGAGUCACUACUCAGUCACAGAGGGUUUCCUCGUUCCACGGACAGAGUCGACCUUCCAUAACGAUACAGAGCUAUCUCGAGAGGAUUUUCAAAUACGCGAAUUGUAGUCCUUCUUGCUUCGUCGUGGCUUACGUUUAUCUCGACCGCUUCACUCACAGACAACCUUCACUUCCUAUCAAUUCCUUUAACGUUCAUCGUCUCCUCAUUACCAGUGUCAUGGUCUCUGCUAAAUUCCUCGAUGAUCGGUACUACAACAAUGCGUAUUACGCGAAAGUGGGAGGGAUAAGCACGAAGGAGAUGAAUCUUCUGGAGCUUGAUUUCUUAUUCGGGUUAGGUUUUGAAUUAAACGUGACGCCAAACACAUUCCACGCUUACUUCUCUUACCUUCGAAAGGAAAUGACUCUUCUUCAACCUCUCUCUGUCCCACCAAGAUCUCUCAUUGCCUUCACCGACGAAGAAGCUUCUCUUCAGCAACAACAACAACAACAACAACUCGCUGUUUGAUUUACAGAAGAUCACAUUAAAUAAUAUUUUUUUAAUGAAAUGUGUAGCUGUAGCUGUAGUGUAGAGAUUAGUCGGCAGGGACUCUUUUAUCUUGUCUUAAUCAUAAUCAAUCAAACCAGUAAGUAUAAUGUUUAGAUGUUGACAGAUGUGAUAAUGCAUCUUUACAGACUGGCUUGGCUAAAAGAAUUAUAAAAGGUCAUUAGUAAACCCUUAAAAACAAACCAUUUAUAUAUUUGUUUAGUGUUGAGUAACCCACAAUUGUUUGUCUGAAUGAUA